CAUCUAAAAUUAUGCCUACCACAAACAUGCUAUAAUACAAAACAAAAUAAAUAGAAGAACAGUACAGUGUACUCCUCGCCACUACUGCCCCUACAAAUGUCAAUGCACCCAUGGCCCGCUCUACCCGAUCCGAACCUGACCCGGUAACACGAGUGAUGACCCCCGCUUCUUGAUCCGUUAAGCCAUUCGAUCGGAUCUGAGACAUUGAUCCAUGCUCCAUCAACCCUACAGUUUGUUAUCGGAUUCGGGUUUAGAUUCCAGGAACAUCACGCUCAGAAUCCGACCCAUUUCCAUCCUACUUAUCUCUUAUUCAAAAGGAAAUCGAUACUUACCUUUAAACGUACGCCAAGACCCUUUUGUCAGGUCCUUCGUGGGCUCCAUUUUGAGCUUCCAGUCUUCGCACGGGUAGCCGUCGGAGUCGGUCGAACUUAUUGGACUGACCAUGCGGCAGUAGUAAUAUCCUAAUCCUUACAGGGGUGAUUUUGUACAUUUGGUCACGUCUGGACCUCAAUUAAGCUGUCGUAACGAAAGAAUGCCGAUUUGCAUUGUUGUUAUCCGGUUUGCUUCGUUCUGCGUUCCUUCGUCCUCUCCUCAUCCACACUCUUUGUUGCCGUCUUCUAUCCCCGAGAGAGAGAGAGGAGCUUCUUGUGGGUGAAAGAUGGAUUCAGAUGACGGCUCCCACGCCGCUAUGUCGCGCGACAUCGGCAGGAGAAAGAGGACCAACAGGUCCGCGAAAUUGAAGCAGUGCAAACUCGAUGCGAGGCGCGAGCAGUGGCUGUCGCAAGUGAAGAGCAAGGAUUGCGUGGCGCGGAGCAGGGCACCUUCUGAUUCUCCUCCUCUCCCUCAUCCGACGCUCUCGAAGGAGUUAGGUCGCAGGCCGAAGGAAGAGGAGGAGGAGGAGGAGGAGCAUCGGGAUGAGGUGGGGCUUGAUGGAUCGAGCUUUCACGGCAGCGAGGAAGGUUCUCCGACUCACCGCAGCCCUCUUCCCGGAUGCCCUAACAAUAGUAUUAGUAGCGGGAGCAGCUUUGGCUCCUCCUCGAGAAGCAUCAGCGAUGCCGAAGUGGAGGAAGAUGAUUCCGAGGAGAGAGGAGAAGAUAAAGGGGAAGUGGAGGAUUGGGAGGCCUUUGCUGAUGCGCUGUCUGCCGAUGAAACCAACCCGAACCCCGUAGCAACCAUCCCGGAAUCUACCGCAGCACCCGGAAACACGAUCAAGGAUCGCGGUGAGGGCUUGGAAAAGCCGGAUGCUAAGCAGGCGGUGCACAGGGCUUGGAGGCCAGAUGAUGCUUUCCGCCCACGGAGCCUGCCCAACCUCUUGAAGCAGCGGAGUUUCCCUGCCAGCAUGGAGCGGCACUACGCCUCAGCUGGGUGGGCUCAGCAUGGCAUCCUCUCCACACCAUCUUCAUGCCCCAUCUGCUACGAGGACCUUGACCCGACUGACUCGAGCUUCCUCCCCUGUAACUGUGGCUUCCGCCUCUGCCUGUUCUGCCACAAGCGGAUUCUUGAGGUAGACGGGCGGUGCCCCGGGUGCAGGAAGCAUUAUGCUCCUGCGGUGGGUGGUGAGGUGGGCACCGUGAGAGGAAUGCCACCCUCGACUCUCCGCCUCUCUCGUUCUUGUAGCAUGAGUUCAAGAACUUAGGGUGAGAGUUUACAGUACUUCUUCCGUUCUCUCUAGUGAGUAUUCUCAUUUAAGGAGCUAUGGGUCUAUUGUGUUUUCAUUGUUAUAGAGCAUAUGUUGAAGUUUCUCAUAAGGAAAGCCAUGUGAAUAUGGGCAUAGGGUUUGGGCUUAUAAGAACUGAUUUUGUCAGCUUAGUGCAGUUAACAUGCUCUGCUUCAUUCACAUGGAUGUGUCUAUGUGUGUGGACAGAUAGAUUUUAUCAUGUAUAAAAACUGUUACAAUCUGCUAAUCAUUGUAGGUUGAAGUUUGAACAUUCUCUUAUAAUUGCUUUUGAUUUUAUACAGGGAAGAUCAUUUCGAUA